ACACAAGCUUCUGUGAUAGCUAUACGUGGCAUUUGAAAUCGACGAAAGAAGUGUGACGUCAUACGUGUUCGACCAAUGGAGAAAAAGCACGUGUGUAUGUUGAUGUGACAGUUUUGAAAAUCAUUUGCUCAGGUGAGAGAAAAAUUAACGAUUUAUCUCGAUCCAUUUUUACAAUGGAGAAAUUAGGAAGUAGUUGCAUCACGUUCCUCCUGUUGUUUUUAAUUACAUUUGACUUAGUUUUAGCUUCGAAAGAAAAAAAAUGCUUAGUCUGUCAGCAAGUUAUAAAAGAUAUAGCCAAAGAGAUUCAAAAUGAAAAUCCCCAUAAAACUAUACAGGUGGGAAGCUUUAGGAUCGAACCCGACGGCUCGCAAAAGCAGAGUACGGUAGGUUCUAAUUUGACAAAAAUUUACUCUUCCAAUUGGUGUUCCGAGGUUCAUCUGCAAGAAAUGUUCGAGACUAUCUGCGACAAAAUGAAUGAUUACGCUCAAGCUCGACAUAAAGAGACUAGAAAAUUGGCCAUUCNUUCUAGUAACAUCAUUAGAUUAUCAUAA